UCUAAGCAAAGCAUUAUAAUAGACCUCAGACUUAGUAAGGGAACGAACCAGAAAGCAACACAGGAAACAACUUGUUUUCAUCUUUUAAAGUUGAAAUAAUAAUCUGAACAUUGACAAGUGCAUGACUUCAGACGGUUUACGACGCAAAAAUUUCGGUAUAUCUGGUCUUAUUAAACUUGAUAUUAUCGCAGAGGUCUAAAUAUUUAGGUCUUGCAAGUCUAUAUCAGUACCAAGAAAGAAAAGAUGUCAGGCAGGAUAAAAAAUUCAAAUUCAAAGGACAGUCUACAUGACUUGUCUCAUGAUAGGCUAAAGCACAGACGAUCUGCUGCUGUUUGGAUUCCACAUGACGAAGCAAAAAAGAAGUUAGGUGGUUCAAGCAAAGGACUCAGAAGAAGGACCACCUCUAGUCUUCUGGAAGGGAAGCGGGAACCUUCACCGCGAGAUGGAAUCUACCUGACGCCUUACCAAAGGUUUCGGCGAAAAGCAAAUGCGGUAAGAUGGUUGUGCAAAGUGUGUAUAUGUGUCAUGAAGGCAGCAUCAGAGAACGCGUUGAAGGGCAGUCUACUGGAGGUGAUCGAGGAUGUAGUGUUGUCUGCAGAAGAAGAAGCCCGUCGUACUGGCAAUUCAGGUCUUCUUCAAAAAGGCAUCGUGAGCUCAGCCUACCCAGAUAUGAGGUUUGAUGCUUCAGAGUUUCAGCGAUUUUCCAAAAGAGAGGAAGGAAUUCCAAAGAAGAUAAAGGAAUUACUGAAACUUCAACCGGAGGAUAGGACAACAGAACAAAUUGAUAAUAUUGUUCGCAACAUGCAAAAUGUUGAGGAGUUUGCUAAAUAUCCUCCAGAAAUUCAAUGUAAAAUGUCCGAGUUUGCAUGGUACGACAAAUUCGGUAGAAAUCGUGUCGUCAUAAAAGAGGGAUAUGUAGCGGAAGGUCUGUACAUCGUGCUGUCGGGAGAACUAACUGAAACGUUUGGUGGACAAACGUAUAUACUGAAAAAAGGAGAUAAAUUUGGGGAAAGUGAUAUUAUACGCAACUGCAGACGAACAAAUACAGUCAUGACGAAAGAUACAGUGGAGCUGUUCUGCAUCCACAGCGAGGAUUACAUGGAAAUAUUCGACACAAAGCUUAAUAUUACUCCAGGCGAUGUCAUGAAUUAUGUCAGGACGAUCCCUGUAUUCAGUAUGUGGUCUGGAAUUGGUAAAAUGGUUGAUUCGUUACUAAACUGGGGCAUACAGAAUUACAGAGCAGGGCAAGUGAUCGUUUCAGACAGUGAAAAUAACGACUGGAUUUACAUCGUCAAAUCGGGUAAAUGUGAUGUACUGAAGCGACUUACCCCGGGAGUCUGUAGUUUAGACGAAAGUAGAACGUUCUACAAACAGUACAAGAAAUCCCAGAAUGCUUUAGAAAUCAAACAAAUACACGAACAAAGCAGCCUAAAAGUAAAUCUUCAGACAGGAUCUAAAGAUGCCUUUAUAACCGUACCGUCCACCUGCUCACCAUCCAGAGCCGGAACAGAAGUCACGAAUACAAUAAUAAAAUGUAAUUCUUCACCACAACAAACGGCUUUAAACAAUUCAUCGACGUGCAUAAUUACGAAGGAGUAUACCAAGAAAGGUUGCGGUCUAAACGUCCCGUUUUGUGUACGAGUUGCGGAGUUGGAGGCCGGCGAUGUGUUUGGCCUUUUGUCGACAAUACCGGGGAGCAAAGAACCAAAAGUAAGCUUGGUUAGUCAAGGAGCCGAAGCGAUUCGCAUCAAUAAGCAAUUUUUUCUGAAGUUUGCAGAUGAGAGAGUGUUUACACAGAUAGAAAUGCGAUACGAAGCUUACCCAAGCCAAGACGACUGUCUUAGUGUUCUUGAUAUGACGAAUAAGUGGCAGCGAUGCAAAAGCAACGAGCUCAGCAAAACCGUCGAUGAGGUCCAUAACAGAAUUCAGGCCAGAAAAGAUUCGAGACGAUAAAAGUAAACAAAAUCAAAGUUUGAAGAUAAAUAAGCAUAUUUCAUGAUGCGUCUGCGUAUAAAUGAGUAUAAACAUAGAAAUAAUAAUAAGCCUAUAAUAAUCAUUUUAUUAUAUAACUACCUUGUGUAAAAAGUGCUCGAAUAUAUGAAAACAUGAUAAUAGAUCAGGCAUAUCCCACAAAAGAAAAGUUCGUUAUCAAUUGUAUCAAUUCUCGCCAAGAUUCGAACAAGCGACCUCAGCUUUGAAUCCCUCGAUAUCAGAACCUUUAGAAAACGGACACAUUUGGUAUUGUCAGAAAUUUAAUACAUACAAAUAGAUUUAAUAUUUCAUUAUUUAUGUGUUUGAAAAGUUUGAAAUAUUGAAUCAUAAUCAAUUGUUUUUGGAACUUAUUUCAUACUACCUAAUGUGAAACUUAUCGGCGAACCCCAGUUUCUACAGGCCUAUAUAAAUUAAGUGAAGUCAUUGGAUGACGAGGAGGACAUUAUUACUUACAAUUGUGAUGUUAUUGUAUUCCAAACCUUUAGUUUGACAUUAAGUUUUUACAUCUAUAGAGAAUAUUACUCGAAUUGUAAAGAAAACAACAUUUUCAUUCCUUGACUGCCAAAAUUCGGAACACCCUAUCAGAAAUGCACAGCAUUCCGUCGUCACCGUGCAAUAUUUCUAAACUAGAUUUGAUGAAUUUCUAUUGCUUCUCGUACACAAAUGUAUAUUUCAAUGAAUUUGUUAUUCUUACAAAUGCCAGUUUAAGUUGUUUAUGCUACUGGGACUUGGAAAAACAAAUUUAAUGCGCCGAGUGAGUAAUCAUAUUUUGUAUAAUAGUUUCAAUUUAUCUAUUGUAUUAUAUACUGAAGUAGAUAAUUAGAAGCUCCUACAUUUUGUGCAAUUCAAUACUAGAAUCACAGAUUUGUCAAGUUUUGAUUUUGUUUUGUUUUGGUUUUGUUUUUCCUGGACGCACCGUUGCUUACGUGUGUCGUUUCCAAAUAAAGAGUAAUAGUACGGUAUAUUACGCCUGAGGUAGAAAGAAGCACGCCAUAUGACAGUAAACAUUGUUUGUUUAUUUUCGUAAAAUGAUGUUUAUUUGUGUUUAUAUCUUGUGUUAUAGUGAAUCGAAAAUUAAUUGAUAAUAUACAUUAUUCUGUAUCUCCGUAAAUCAUCAAUGAUGAGCUUGACGUGUCAUGAAUUGUUAUAUUAGAAGUGCUACAGUAUGUUAUAUAUCUCACAAAUCGAUGUUUGCCCUUAUAGUACCGAAUGCCCAGUAUGUGCCAAAAUGCUUGCAAAAAAAAAAAAAAAAAAAAAAAA